CACCAGGCAGACAGAGGUGUUAAUCGAAUGCAGCACCAACACCACCCAAGUGCCACGCCAAGCAUUUUCUAGUUUGUUUAUUAUUAUAAGAAGCACCGUUUUAAUAAUACAAACAGUAAAUUUUCAUUUUUUGCUGCUGUUGUUGUUGUAGAUCCUACAGGGGAUGAACCUGAAGGUGCCCAGUGGUAAGAUGAUCGCUCUGGUGGGAGCCAGUGGUUGCGGGAAGAGCACCACCAUUCAACUGCUGCAGCGCUUUUAUGAUCCAGACUCCGGAGAGGUGACCCUGGACGGUCGAGAUAUCCGCACUUUAAACGUCCGUUGGUUGAGGGAGAACGUGGGCAUCGUGAGCCAGGAGCCCGUACUCUUCGGCACCACCAUAGCCGAGAACAUCCGCUACGGUCGUGAGGACGCCACCGAUGAAGAUAUUGAGCGAGCUAUCAGAGAGGCCAACGCCUACGAGUUCAUCUCCAGACUUCCAGACAAGUUGAACACUAUGGUAGGAGAGCGAGGUGCUCAGCUCAGCGGUGGGCAGAAGCAGAGAAUCGCCAUCGCUCGAGCUUUGGUGAAAAACCCUAAAAUCCUCCUGCUGGAUGAAGCCACGUCAGCCCUGGACACACAGAGUGAAUCCAUCGUCCAGGCUGCUUUAGAUAAGGCAAGAGCAGGUCGGACCACCAUAGUGAUCGCUCACCGACUGUCCACCAUCCGCACGGCUGAUGUCAUUGCCGGAUUCAAAGAUGGUCAAGUGGAGGAGCAGGGAACCCACAAAGAGCUCAUGAACAGGAAAGGAGUUUAUUACUCUCUCAUCAUGCAACAGUCUGCCGGGAGACCAGACACCGACACUUACGAAAACGAGGACGACGAGGACGACAGCGAUCCAGAAGGGGAAGAGUUCGACUGGUCAUCUGACGAGCCUAAAGACCUGGUGGAGGUGACGAUAGAAAACGGUGGUUUAGAGAGAAACUCGAUAAGACGCAGCACGACGCUUCACAGGACGACAUCCAACAGAACAUCAAAGAAAAAAAAGAGAAAGUUCAGAUCCAAAAAGGAGAAGAAGGAAAGAGAAGAAGUUCAAGAUGUCCCUUUCUUCACGAUCCUGUCUCUAAACAAACCUGAGUGGCCCUACUUGGUGAUUGGCAUUGUGGCCAGCAUUAUAGGGGCAGCUGUGUACCCCUGUGUGGCUAUCCUCUUUUCCAAAAUCAUUGGUGUGUUUGCUGAGGUUGAUCUUGACGUGAAGCGACAGAAGACCCUGAUGUUCUCUCUUCUGUUCCUCCUGGUUGGAGCUGUGGCGCUCGUCACCAUUUUCUUUCAGGGUUAUAUGUUUGGUAAGUCUGGAGAAAUUUUAACCAUGAGGCUGAGGAGUCAGGCGUUCCAGUCUAUUUUAAGACAGGACAUCGCCUGGUUUGAUGACCACAACAACGCAGUGGGAGUCCUCACGACCAAAUUAGCAACAGACGCAUCACUGGUUAAAGGGGUAACAGGAUCCAGACUCGGCUUGGCUGCCAACACGAUCUUUUGCCUUGGCAUUGCUAUAAUCGUGGCCUUCGCCUACUGCUGGCAGCUUACUCUUCUUAUCCUGGCCUGUGUCCCUUUUCUCACCGGAGCCCAUUUUGUCCAGAUGAGAACCAUGGGGGGUCACGCUUCUAAAGACCAAAGUGCGCUGGAGAUGUCUGGAAAGAUUUCCACAGAAACUGUUGAAAACUUUCGGACUGUGGUGGCGUUAACAAAAGAACCGGUUUUCUUCAGAAUGUUCACCGAGGCCCUCAGUAAACCGUACAGGUCGGCUUUAUGUAAAGCCCCGAUUUACGGACUGACUUUUGCGUUUUCGCAAUCGAUCCCUUUUUUUGUCAACUCUGCAAUUUUCCGAUUCGGAGCCUGGCUGAUCGCCCACUGCUACACUGAAUAUGAGAACGUUUUCCUGGUGUUCUCUGUGAUCUUCUUCGCUGCCAUAAGCAUCGGACAGUCGUCGUCAUUCGCUCCAGACUUCGCCAAAGCUAAAGUGGCAGCCUGGAGAAUCUUAAAGUUGCUUGAGAAAAAACCCGAGAUCGACAUCUACAGCGAGGAAGGAGACAAACCAGGGAGCUUUGCAGGAGAUGUAGAAUUCCGCGACGUGCACUUUAACUACCCGACACGCCCGAACGUGAAGAUUCUGCAGGGUCUGAACGUGUCCGUGGCUCAGGGACAGACGCUGGCGCUGGUAGGAGAAAGCGGCUGUGGGAAGAGCACCUCAGUCCAACUGCUGGAACGCUUCUACAACCCAGCCAGCGGCCAAGUGUUCGUGGACGGAGUGGACACCAAGCAGCUCAACCUGGCCUGGCUACGAGCUCAGAUGGGACUGGUCUCUCAGGAGCCCAUUCUGUUCGACUGCACCAUCGCUGAGAACAUCCAGUACGGUGACAACAGCCGCGUGGUCGGCCAGGAGGAGAUCGAGCAGGCCGCGAGGAACGCCAACAUCCACGACUUCAUUGUGGGCCUGCCAGAGAAAUAUAACACGCGUGUGGGAGAUAAAGGUACUCAGCUGUCUGGAGGGCAGAAACAGAGGAUCGCUAUCGCUCGAGCUCUGGUCCGCCAGCCUAAAGUCCUGCUGCUGGAUGAAGCCACUUCAGCCCUGGACACGGAGAGCGAGAAAGUUGUGCAGAAAGCUCUGGAUGAUGCUCGUCAGGGUCGGACCUGCAUCGUCAUCGCUCACCGUCUGACCACCGUCCAGAAUGCGGACAUCAUCGCCGUCAUUAAGAACGGACAGGUUGCCGAACAGGGCACCCACAGCCAGCUAAUGGCCACGCAAGGAGCGUACUACGCCCUCUUGAAUAUCCGAUCGGUUCGUGAAAACCUUAUGAACGGUUCUUUAUGUUUUGAAGAUUUUAUUAGUGAAAUAAGAUUCCCCCGACAACACUGCUCACGUUCACGCUGUAUUUAAUCUACCUGCAUUUCUUUCCUUAAGAAAAGUUCAGUUUCUUUUAGUUUAAAAAUAUUUCUCUCAGAGAGCGACCGCUAGCAUACCGGCUCAGUCCUCACACAACCAAAGACUCGGCACUGAGUCUUCUUCUUCUUCUUCUGUGAUUUUUAUUGGCAGUUUGCAUUCUCUGUGCAUUACCGCCAUCCACUGGACUGAUGUGUGAUCACUUUAGGACUUCAUGUUAAU